AUGAGCGACCUCCAGGCCUACCUGGCCGCCAGAUACAUGUCUGGCCCGAAAGCCGACGCCAUUCUCGACCGCUCGGAGGACGGCAAGCGCCGUAAGAAGAAGCGCAAAGUCGAGGCGUCUUCAUCGGUUGCGAGUGGCAGCGGGGGAGGGUUGGUCAUUGCAGACGAGGACGGGGCCUGGGGCGCGCAGGAGAACGAGGACGAAGAGUACAAGCCGGUGGUUGAGGAACGGCGCGGCCAGUUCAAGGCAAAGGCAAAGACCGAGUCGUGGGCUACGAUUCGAGAAGCCGACCCUUCCCUCCGACCACCCUCUCCCACGCCCGAACCCGAAGACGAAGCGCCGGCGAUUGCAGAAGUGACAGUCGAGACGGCACCUCGAGGAGGAUUGCAGACGGCUGCCGACUUGCGAGCCGAGCAGGAGCGUAAGGCUGCGGAGCAGGAGCGAAAACGACGGAAGGCGGAGAAAGAGGAGGCACGGCGGAAGGCUGAAGCCCGAGCGAGGGGCGAAGAUGUCGACGAGGCGGAUCCGAAUGCAACUGUCUACCGCGACGCGACCGGACGGCGGAUCGACAUGAAGCUGCUCAAGGCGGAGGAGGCGCAAAAGAAGCGCGAGGAGCUCGAGAAGCAGAUGGCAAAGAUGGAGUGGGGCAAAGGACUGGUCCAGAAGAGCGAGAAGGAGCGGCGGGCGGAGGAGGCGGAGAAGCUCAAGAACAUGUCGUUCGCCAGGCACGCCGACGACGCCGAGAUGAACGAGGAGAUGCGGGAAACGGAGCGGUGGAACGACCCGGCGGCUGCCUUCCUUACGAAGAAGAAGGAGAAGAAGACCAAGGGCCCCAAGUUCCCGACCUACCAAGGCCCUCCUCCGCCGCCGAAUCGCUUCAACAUCCGGCCGGGGUACCGAUGGGACGGAGUCGACCGCAGCAAUGGGUUCGAGAAACGGCUGAUGGAGAGACAGAACGCGAGGGGCGUGUUCAAGGCUGCGAGUCAGGCGUGGUCCAUGGAGGACAUGUAG